AUGUGUUGGGCCACUGUGCUCUUGGCUGGUGACCUUCAUGUUGGCCCUACUCAUCUUGUCGUGAUCCUUUCUUCGCUGUUUGUCCUAUCGUAUUUGGCUGGGUGGCUUGGGCUGGGUGGUUUGAUGUGUGGAGGCGGUGAUGGCGUGAGCUGUAGUGCUGGUGGUUGUAUCGUUGCCGAUGGUUGUGGAGCUGGUGGCUGUUUCGGCGUCCAUGGUCUCACGACGGGUUGCCAAGGGAUCGGCUGUGCCAUGUUUUGGGCACCAUUCUUUUGCCCAGUUCCCGGUUGUGUUGCGGGUGUUGGAUAUUGUGUUAGUCUGUGCGUCGUUGGUGGUCGUGAUGGAUAUGCAUUGACAAGAAAUCUUCAGGUUAACAUUGAAAAAUCUAAAUGCCGCUCUUAUAUUAAAAAAAUAUACUUUACUGUCGUCUGUCAACAUUUUCCGCUACGAUAG